AUGUCUAUCCAAUAUUUUAUUGACAAGUGCCUGGUGGUCAUUUUACGAACCAUCAUCAGUAUCAUCGCUUACUUCGUUCGCGGCGGUAUUAAAUCAUACCCAGAUGAAGUACGCCAUAUCCCAUCUCGCGAUACUAGACGAACCAUCAAGGUUCAUGUGUAUACAUCAUCCGCCCCAAACCCAUCACCAGUCUUGAUCAACUUCCACGGCAGUGGGUUCGUGCUCCCUCACCAUGGCUCUGAUGAUGAAUUCUGCCGUCAAGUCAGCCAACAAACCAAAUGCACGGUCCUCGAUGUUCGCUAUCGCCUAGCACCCGAGCACCCAUUCCCUGCUGCGCUGAAUGAUGUUGAAGAUACCAUCAACUAUGUCCUGGGCCGCCCGCACGAAUUUGAUCGCUCGCGUCUAUCCCUCUCGGGAUUCAGCGCCGGUGCCAACCUGGUCCUCGCUGCCUCGGCCAAUCUCUUUGCCCCAGAUACCUUCCGCUCACUGGUCGCCUUCUACCCGGUGACCGAUCUCAAUGCCGGCGCAGAAUCCAAGACCGCUCCUAACCCCACGCAAGCGGCAAAGAUUCCGGCGCCCCUAGCACGCCUCUUUAACCGGUGUUAUGUACCUGCCAAAAUGGACCCGCGCGAUCCUCGAAUUUCCCCCACCUUUGCGCAGGUAGACCGCUUCCCACGCCGUGUUCUCAUGAUCACCGCCGACGGAGAUAAUCUCGCGCACGAGGCAGAGGAGAUCGCUAAGCGGCUCCAAAAAUUACAGGGGUGGCAUGUGGUCAGUCAACGUAUGGUGGGCUGUACUCAUGGGUGGGACAAGUCCACGCGGCCGAGCUCCCCGCAGCACCUACAUGAAGCCAAGAAGCGGGCUUACCAGUUAGCGGUGGAGAUGCUUAACGGAUAG